AUGCCCAACUUUUUCUCCUGGCUCUGCUUUUCUUGGCAGCCAGAGCAGCCUUCGUCCCCUAUGGGCCAAUGCGCCUCACUUGAAAAGUUACCUCACUCGGAAUCAUACAACUUUCUGGCACCCAUGUCUACAGGCGGCCGUCCGUCACCACUUAAUUGUCUUCCUCUUACCGCUGAUUUCAAAAAUGCCAACGGUCCACAGACCCUGUCCCGCUCCCAGUUCCAGGUCGAGCAGCGUUUCACGAUCUCGCAAACAAUCGAUAAAACAAACCACAGCGAUCUAUACCGGCCCGUGGGAGUGGAUAUUGCUCAGAAGACGUAUCACCAAACGAGCCUAUCGGGCGCGGGUCUGCCCUCUACGACCCGCCAAGCCUGGAGCAUAUUUCCCCCAGCACCAGAAGAGUGGCAAAAGAGCACAAGCGACGCAGAGCCCCCAGACGGCUGUUUCAUGGACUUUGAGAGCACGCAGGAGAAACGAAGAUGGUUGGAUAGACUCUUCUUUUGGAGAUCGCUUCUCUGA